AUGGAUGACAUCUAUGAUCGUGUGUGGCGCUAUGACCAAGUUUCUAAAGUGGAAGAUUGGCAGCCAUUCAAUAGAUCUGUAAAUAUUGAUUGUGGAAGCACAAAUGAUUCUUAUAAAUUACCAUCGAAAGUGUUGAUAUCUGCAGCCCAAUCAUUGAAUGGCUCAUUUGCUUUAAACUUUAGCGUUUCCGACUGGGGUGGUACAUUAGAAAAGUCUUUCACCUUUUAUGUCUACUUUCACUUUGCUGAAAUUGAGCAGCUUCUCCCAGGGCAAAAAAGAGUAAUCGAUAUUACUCUUAAUGAUGAAACCAUCCUCAAAGAGCCUUUAGCUCUGGAAUACUUGAAACCACAGACAGUUUCUGCUGUUACAAAUCGAAGUGAUAUUCCUUUCAGCAUAAGUGCAACAUUAGAAUCCGAUGCUCCUCCAAUCCUCAAUGCAUUUGAGAUUUAUAGAUUCGUAUCGCCACUAAUUUCCCCGACGGACCAAGUAGAUGUGGAUGCCAUUCUGGACAUCAAAAUAACAUACAAAAUCUCCAAAGUAGAUUGGCAAGGUGACCCAUGUGUUCCCGAGGAACAUGCAUGGCAGGGACUUAACUGCAGAUAUGGCAUCGAUGAGUCUAACGCAAGAAUCACCUCAUUGGAUUUGUCAGGCAAUGAUUUAUCAGGGUCAAUACCAGAAUUUCUAGCUGGAUUGACAAAGUUGAGAGUUCUUAUUUUAAGUAGCAACAAGCUUGCCGGCUCAAUUCCAAAAGCUCUUGAGGACAAACCAGAUCUGCAAAUAAGCUUAGAUGAUAACCCCGGCCUCUGUUCGAGGGAUUCAUGCAAAAAGCACAAGUUCGUUGUUCCAGUUACUGUAGCUGUUUUAGUGUUGACUGUCAUUAUCUUGGUUAUUUCCCUAGGAAUAUGGAUCUUCAAAUUGAAAAAAAAGAAAGUGGAUUCUACUGUUUCAACAAAGCAAGAAGCAUCUGAAUAUUCAAGAAAUCGUGCCUUUUCUUACUCCGAAAUUCUUGAAAUCACUGAUAACUUUCAAAACUUGAUUGGACAUGGAGGAUUUGGAAAAGUUUAUUUUGGAACUCUUAAGAAUAAUACUCCAGUUGCUGUCAAGUUACUUUCUCAAUUAUCAAUGCAAGGUCAUAGAGAAUUUCGAUCGGAGGUAGAACUUUUGAUGGUUGUUCAUCAUAGACACUUAGUUUCUCUGAUAGGGUACUUUGAAGGAAGUGGUGUUAGGGCAUUAAUUUAUGAGUACAUGGCCAAUUGUGACCUCCACCAACACUUAUCAGGUAACAAGGCUGGUGCUUUGAAAUGGAAGGACAGGCUUCAAAUUGCAGUGGACGCAGCACAUGGAUUAGACUAUUUGCAUAAUGGUUGUAAACCUGCAAUAGUUCAUAGAGACCUAAAGGCUUCCAACAUUCUGCUGGAUAAAAAUAUGGAAUCUAAGAUUGCUGACUUUGGGUUGUCUAGAGCUUUUGCAAAUGAUAUUGACAGUCAUGUGUCAACUCGCCCUGCUGGAACAUUUGGAUAUCUUGAUCCUGAAUUUCAAAAUUCUGGAAACCUUACGAAAGGAAGUGAUGUUUAUAGUUUUGGAAUUAUUUUGUUAGAGCUAAUUACUGGAAAACCAGCGGCGAAAAGACAACCAGACCAUACGUUUAGUCUCCUACUUCAAUGGGUCACUCUUAGACUUGGUGGCAAGGAUAUUGAGUCCAUCAUUGAUCCAGGGUUACAAGGACAAUAUAGUUCUGAUUCUGCUUGGAAAUUUCUAGAGAUAGCCGUAUCAUGCACUGCACCAUCUGCAAUUCAAAGGCCUGAUAUAAGUCAAGUAGUGUUUGAACUAAGGGAAUGCUUGGCAAUGGAAAUAAGCUUGGGAAAGAUCACUAGCCACAACACCAAUAGUUCAAGCAAUUCCAUGGAUAUGAGCACCUCGAAAUUUGAUUCGGGCUUUAGUACUCUGUCUGGUAGAUAGAUAAUUUGCUUAUAAUUUGAAUCCAAUCUCUCUGAAGUGAUAGAUCUGUCUAGUACCACUAUUUCAAAUUAGUUUGGAUAAGCUUCUUUCUGUUGAA